CGCGCGCUUGCAGGAAAUGACAGGCGGAAGGCAGGCGCGGUGGGAUGGCGAACAUACCGAAAUAACUAUGCGCGUCGUGCCUUUCCAGCCUCAGUACCAGAAUGCGAGCGCGAGGCCGUCGAACGUCGCACCGGCGGAGCGGGAACGUGCGCGCGCCUCACCCUCCAAGUCCGCUCAGCGUUCUUGAUCUCAUGGACUUAAGUGGUGUAACUUCUAAACAUUUUCCGAGCGGUUCCUCUGUUGAAAUGCGGGAAUUUUAACGAAAAUAUUAGUUGUGUUUAGGGAAACGCUUUUUUUUGGAGGGGGAAAGGGUCCGGUGUCUAAAUGGUGAAAUCAUGGUUCUCCGGUGGAAGUGUCCCUUCGGCGCAGUAAUGUCGCUGCAUUUUUAUUUCAAAUAACAGUCGGCGCACACUUCCCUCAUGAGGAUUUGGAGCGGUUCUGUGGACGGAACUAAGAUGAUGCCGAGUAAAAGCGUGGAAUGGCUGCAGGACGAGCUCGAAUCCGGCGCGAGUUCGCUGCUGCUCCUGGACUGCCGCUCGCACGAGCUCUUCGAGUCGUCCCACAUCGAAACGGCCAUCAACAUCGCCAUACCGGGGCUCAUGCUGCGGAGGCUCAAGAAGGGCAACCUGCCCAUCCGAUCCAUUAUCCCCAACAACGACGACAAGGACAAGUUCGUGAAGCGCUGCAAGACGGACACGCUGCUUCUGUACGACGAGGCCACUCUGGACUGCCAGGAGAGCGGCGCGCCCGGCUCCGUGCUCGCGCUUCUUCUCCAGAAGCUGCGCGAUGACGGCUGUAAGGCGUAUUACCUCGAGGGGGGAUUCAGCAGGUUUCAGACAGAGUACCCCGAGCACUGCGAGACCAGCCUGGAUGUCUCCUGCCCCAGCAGCUCGCCCCCAGCGUCAGUUCUUGGGCUGGGGGGCUUGCGGAUCAGCUCCGACUGUUCGGAUGGGGAGUCGGACCGAGAGCCGGGCAGCGCCACUGAGUCAGAGGGAAGCCCGAUGCCCAACAACCAACCUGCCUUUCCUGUUCAGAUUCUCCCCUACCUUUACCUGGGUUGUGCCAAAGACUCCAGCAACCUGGAUGUGCUGGGCAAAUACAACAUCAAGUACAUCCUGAAUGUAACUCCAAACCUGCCCAACAUGUUCGAACACGACAGAAAAUUCAAGUACAAGCAGAUUCCCAUCUCAGAUCACUGGAGCCAGAACCUCUCUCAGUUUUUCCCAGAGGCCAUAUCGUUCAUCGACGAGGCUCGUUCCAACAAGUGCGGUGUCCUGGUGCACUGCCUAGCUGGGAUCAGCCGCUCGGUGACAGUGACUGUGGCCUACCUGAUGCAGGAGCUCCACCUUUCCCUCAACGACGCCUACGACUUUGUCAAGCGCAAGAAGUCCAACAUCUCGCCCAACUUCAACUUCAUGGGCCAGCUGCUGGACUUUGAGAGGACCCUGGGCUUGAAGAGCCCCUGUGACAAUCGGUCGCCCAGCGGUCCGCUCUACUUCACCACACCAACCAACCACAACGUGUUCCAGCUGGACACGCUGGAAUCCACUUGAAUGGCAGCCCAUUGCCAAGCGCAACUCCCUGAGAGGGUUCUUCUCUUUACCCAAACCAUCACAGGUGUGUUGGAGGCAAGGAUGAGGCACCUGGGUCCACUGCUGGGGUGGAGAGAGUCUGUGCUAGCUUUGAACACUCUGCUGCCACGUAGUCCCUUAAGUGGCUCCUCUUGCCUUUGGAAGAACAAGUAGAUUUUUGUUUUCUUCUCAAAGUAAAGAAUAGACUGAGGACACCAAGAACACGGCUUCACACAAAAGGAAAAAACGAGCUGUAGCACUUCUCAUGUAUUGCGGCCGUGACUUCAGUGCUUCGGAAGGUGUCUGCGUAAUAUCGGACACGUUUGCAUGUGACCUCGUCCUUUGCAGUGUACAUGCCAGUUUGUAAGAGAGGCAUAACUACGGGCAAGGAAGCAUCUGUACAUGUGAAAACACACAGGCUGGUACAUACGUCUUUCCCCCCCCCCCCCCUUUUUCCCCCUAAAAUAACGUACAAAUAUCAGAUUACAUUUUUAAAUUCAGGUGUCUUUUUUAAUAGAUGUUUUUUCCCAGUUUAUUGUAACCUAAUGCAGUUUGCACAGUGGGAAAAGCCUUUGACGUCCUACCACUUCAGAGUGGCACUUCAGAAAGAUAAAGGCUCAUUGAGACAUCCAGGAGAGACAGGCCUUGGGCUCAGAGAAGCACCCUUAGCACAUUGUGUUUGAGUGGCAGCGCAGCCUCCUCUCGCCAAGGGAAACAUUUGCUCAUUGCUACAGAGCCACUUAAACAAAGGGCAGCUCUUCGCUGCGGCAAACCCCCAUUUCCUCAAAGAAAGUAUCAUUCUCGAUCGACGGUUCGAGCGCGCACACAAACUUGUGGUAUUUUAACAUUUGUUUUUGCCGUUUUAUAUCUUUAAUUAUCUCUAUCGGAAUACUUGUCACCCCCUCUGGUGAUUGCGGGGGAGGUUCGGUAUAGGUGAUGCAGAUUAAUUCAGCGUUUGGACGAGAGCGAGAAAGAACAAUUUUAAUCUUUUUAAUUUUUUUUUUUUUUUUUUUUUAAAAAUGUCCAUCACUCCUGCAAAGGAAGUACAGUGCAGUCUGGGGUGGGGGAGGGUGGGGGGUUGGAGUGGUGCAAAUGUCAGAAGAAAAGCCUGGAAGGAAGUAUGUGUGGAGUCAAAAAAAGGACUCUUUUUAAACCUGCCUUCAAUAAACAUUUUAUUCAAUGCUUUAUCCUAUAUUUGUAUUUCACUAAAGACAUUGUUAGCUUAAAAGGUAACUUUUUAAGGCAAGACUUUCUAAAAAUUUGCGCCCACAUGUAUAAUGGGCCUAGUGCUACUGACUUUCUUACUCUCUGAUGCAAAGAUUUUUUUGUGGUAUUUUGUAGAUAAAGGACCUUGGGUUUUUCUACUUCUUAACCUCUGUGCCAGAAUGAAAGUUCCAUCUGCCUCUCCAGCUAGGACUGUUUUUAACAUGAGGUGCAGUUUAAAAAAAUAAAUGAAUAAAGCACAGGGCUACCCAUACAUUUGCAAAGGUAUGUAAUGCUUUGGAACGUUGUUUUCCUCCAUUUCUGUUCUUAAAGCGUUAGUUCUCAUUUAGCUACUUGGAAAAAAAAAAAAAAAACUUUGUCACAUAAAUUCUCACUUAAUCAUUUGCUAUUACUGAUGCCUUUUUUAAAAGUUCAUUCUUAAGCUACCAGCUCUUCAGUUGAAGUAUGUUAUAUGAUUACAGAAUCAGUUACUUACAUCCCAAGAUUGUAUAGUUUUAAGAAGCUUUUAUAUUACAUUAUUCUAAGAGAAUCUUUGAUUUCAAACUUAAGUCGAAAAAUGUUUGGUGUAAGAAUGUUGAGAGAUGCACAACCACGUUUUCGCACAGCAGGGGCACAAGAAAGAUUUUCUCUAUACUUUCUGUGUCGAGUGAGUCGGUCAAGUAAAUUGCAGUGUGAGGAAGAAUGUGUUUUAAGAGAAAGUGUGACCAAAAAUGUGUGAUUAAAAAUGUAUUCUUACCUCACAAGGACAUUUUCAGGGAUUUUUUGACAGUGCAUUUUAAGCAAUGUAUCACCUUCAAGUGUAUGUUAAAUGGCUAAUUGGUAUGUGUUGUAAACAUUAUGUAAACUGGGUUUGGUUACAGGGCAGUUAUGCUUGUUGAUUUCUGAAUAUAGAAUUCAAAUAUAUUGUAUAGUAUCUUAAUACCAAGACAAGACAUGUUUAUAUUACAAAUAAAUAUUGAAUUAUUUUUUCUUUAGAAA